CUAUACUCCUAUAUCAGAUCCAGAUUCCAAAGGAUAUUUUGAUUUGUUAAUUAAGGUGUAUCCUGAAGGAAAAAUGAGUCAGCAUUUUGCCAGUUUAAAGCCUGGUGAUGUGGUCGAAGUAAAAGGACCCAUUGAAAAGCUCAGGUACUCUCCCAAUAUGAAGAAAAACAUUGGCAUGAUUGCUGGUGGCACUGGCAUUACUCCAAUGCUUCAGGUAAUCGAAGCUAUAUUGAAGAAUCCUGAAGACAAUACUCAGGUGAGACUUUGUUAUCAUCUAAUAGAAAGCAAGCAAUAUGUGCUUGUUUAGCCAAAAUUAGAUUUUCUACUUCUCAAUAGCUAACUUUUCUUUUAAUCUUGGCCUCUUAAACUGCAGAUAUUUUACACUGUAGACAAUCCAACCAAAAAAUGGAAAGGAGGUGUAGGCUUCAUAUCAAAGGAUAUGGUUGUGAAAGGCCUACCUGCGCCUGGGGAGGAUACUCUUAUCCUAGUAUGCGGCCCCCCUGGGAUGAUGAAACAUAUAUCCGGAGACAAGGCAAAAGACCGCUCACAGGGAGAGCUCACUGGCAUACUCAGAGAACUGGGAUACAACGAGUCGAUGGUUUACAAAUUUUGAUAGGCUUAGGCAUUUGAGCAUCUUAAGCAGUCAUUUUCUAUGUUUUCGACUCAAAUUUGAUGUAAUAAAUAUCUUUUUCCUGAAAAGAACAUGGAAAAUUAGAACACCAUUGUUGGAUCCUCAGAAUUUAUACAUUGCCAAUUUUAUUAGUUUCUCCUACCAUGCCUUUCCACAUGGAAGUGACUUCUGUGUAAUGAUUUUACCAGGAGAAGAAAAAAGAAAAACUUCUAAACAA